AUGUACCCCGGGGCUGGAUUUGGUGUAGGCUGGUGGAGUUCCAAAUACAAAGCAAGAUAAAUCUAGGAUAUGGGCCCUUCAAAAUGUUAUCCAUCAUAACAGUAAAUAAAAAAACAGCCUUGUGUAACAAAUAGCAUGCAAACAAUUUUGCAGUGACGUAUCAUUAGGACCAAAAGGAUGAAUAAUGAAGAUCAUGCCAAAAUUAUAUGAAUGUCUAGGAUAAUGUGGCCAGAUUUCUGAGUUAGAUUGUUUUUCUGCAUGGACUUACCUUUUUGCUACUUUGUAAUCCGGUACUCUGCAUGCUCAGUAUUUCUCAUUUUGAUAGUUUAUUUUGAAAAUCUCUUUAAAAGGCCUGCUCUAGGCUACUUUUAAUGAUCAAAUAAAAGUAUGCUGAACAUAGAAUCAGCAGAAAUUGCACUGGACCAUGUCAUCAGCAUUUUAUUUUCUGUUCAUUUUCUGUUUAUUUUCUGUUCAUUUUAUUUUCAGUUUCUUUGAAGUGUUCAGAAGGCUCCAUCAAACGUGAAAACAGUUGUCUCAUAUCACGUCCCAACUGAGAAAAUCCUGCAGCCUUUGUCAAUGUCACGUGUGUGGUGACUCACAGUAUGUAAAACUUGAGAGCUGUUAUUUGGUUUUCAGCUGCUUAAAUACAAAGGCGCUCAUGUUUUCAUUUCACUCUAAAUGAGUCAACAGAUGGAAAAAAAAAACAUCACAGCAUAGUUAACCCUUUACAUUGCCAGGACCUGUCAGCAGCAUAUUGGAUAAAUGGUAUGUAGGAUAUAAUUAGUCUGCCAAUUUGAAGUUUACUGUUUAUGAUGUACAGCAGGCUAAAAUAAUUAUUGUUGCCACCCUCCUAUUUCUCCAUUUCACCCUCAGUGGAAACUGAGGUGGCGUUUGACAGAAAAGGUUUAAGUGGGCUGUAUGUAGUCACUGCUUGUGGAGCAAUCAUUCUUCAGCUCAUACAACCAAACAAGAAUGAAAGACAGUUCAUGAAAAAAACAUGGACCUUGAGAGUACACAGGAAUUUCAAAUGUAAGCCUUUUUUGUGAUUCACAUUGAGUGAUAGGUCGGUCUACUGAUUGAUCUUUGUAUCAAAGUUAAACUGAUGGUAACAGUGACUGCAGACGCCUACACUGUGUCUAUGCAUUCAGCGAAUUUGAAAAUAGUCAUUUGUGCCAUAAGAAGGGCAUGUAAAUGAUGUAUUAGUUUACUGUACUGUACUGAACACUGCAGGUUUUACUAUUGUUACAUUUUGUAUUCUUCUUUUUAUCACUAUUAUUAUUAUUAUUAUUAUUAUUAUUAUUAUUAUUAUUAUUAUACUAAAUAAGAAUGUGACUAAAUGGCUGCCCUUGUUGAUAUUUGAAAUUGUAACUGGCUCUUGUUAAAACUGUACACUCAUUCACAAGCCACUGUACAUAAAAGCAUCUGCCAAAUGAAUAAAUGUAAAAGUACUGUACAUAUAAUAAGUGGCCUAACUACUGGAAAGACCAAAGCAUUAUUUUCAGUACACUUUGGCCUUCAGAAGCGUAGAGCGUAUGCUUAUAUUUAUUACAAUCACAUUUGCUGUGUUAUAGAGUCAGAGGAAUACAGCACAACAAUAAAACACCUCAGCAAUGUGUCUGAAUGCUGAGUGAUGUAAUCUCUCCUUCCUGAAAUAUUUUACAGAUCUCAUUCUCUAAAAUAUUAACACCUUAUACUUAUAAAGUUUGUGUUCCAUACUCUGCACUGAGGGCAACAUCACUUCUGAUAAAAGAUUCAGCAAAUUAAAAUAAUAAAUCUAUGAAUAAAAAAGGAUCUGCAUAUUAAUCUGUAGAUAUUUAUUUGAGAAGAUGUAAAAAAUAAUAACAAUAAUAAUUAAAAUUAUAUUAGCACAAUAUUAAUAAUGAUAUUUUACAGAGCACCUUUCAUGCAGUUCAACAUGCUAUAUGAACAAGUGAAAAAAUUCUAAAAGAUUCUAUAAAGAUCAUCAAAAAGUAAAAUAAUGAAAAAAAAAGAAAAUCUAAAACAUUCGUUGAAGUAAACAGAGAGGAUUGCAUAAAAAAAGAUAUAGCACUCCAUUUGCACAGUAGAGGCAUAAAAAUGUGAUGUGAUCCAUUCGAGAAGACAUUUCACUAAAUAUAAAAUGACAUGAAUUACAUUCUAUGGCAUUUAGUUUAGUGUUUAAAUGUUGUGGUUUGUAGCUUUUUAUUUGUAUUUCUUUCUCUUUCAUGUUUUACUUUUGCACUGUGAAAAAAAACAGUGUUUUAGUUUUAAAGACCUUUCAAACUUUAUUUUGACUUUGGCUGUUCGGUCAAAAAUAUAUUUAACUUUGCUUAGCCUGCUUCUCAUAUCACUUAGUGUAGUUCCUUAAAGAGCUGUAAAAUAUAAUAACAAUAUUUUUCUCACUUUAUGAUAUUUAUGUUUUAUAUUAAAAAAUGAAAGUAGAAAAGUGAUUCUGCGUGUUUCUAAAAGUCUUCAGGCGUCCUGUCAACAGCUCAUUUAUUGAUGAUCUCCCUGGCCAAUUUCAGCAGCAGCCGUAAGCAAAUAUUCAGUGUAUUCUAACCCUCUUAUUGAUGAAUUAUGCACACUCAAAAGCUGAAGUCCUUAUGAGGGGACAUUUAUAACUGACUUUGCAUCACUGUUUUUUCUACAACUUGCAGGUGGUUAGUAAGUCACACCAAAUGUGAGCUUCUAACUGCACGCGAGCCGCGUCUCACUCUGUGGUUGUUAAGCAUGGUACUACACCAACAAACAUUUGUCACAUAUGGGUGUUUGAAGUGGAAGUCUGCAUUGUCUACACUGAGCUGACCUUUGAGUAAGAAAGCGUUCAGAAGUGCACUCACAGUCACUGCAAAAACAGAUUGCUUUCAACAUGAGGAGAGUCCUCUGCAUUAUCUUACUCCUGCCUGCUAUUAAAACAUAUUCACCUAAUUCCGUACUUGCCUCUGUCCAGUUUGUGCCAGCAGGAAGCACAGUUAAGAUACCGUGUGAUGGUUAUGGUGAUCACACCACUGGUAGGUGGUUGUACAGGAGAAAAAACGAGAACUUUCAGACUAUUGCUCGUGAAAGUAAAGGCCUGGUUUUAACGAACAAGACAAUGUUGUCCAGGAAAAAGAUUCUGAAGAAUUUUCAUUUAGAAAUCAGCGCAUUCACUGAACUGGAUGAAGGGAUAUAUGCUUGUCAAGUCUGCACACACACAAGUGGAUGUACUGAUGGUGAACAGAUCUCCUUAUUACUUCGGUAUGAAACAUCUUCUACAUCAUCAAGGACACAUUUUAUCAUUGAAGGUGGCAGACUGAAUUAUAGUUGUCUGUGUAAUCUCACUCUGAAGGUUGGCUGGACAUUUCAGGCACAUGGAGAAAAUGCUGUCACUAAUUUAAACAGUGAAUCAACAGAUAAAACUUUACUGAUCAUUCCAGAUGUUCGGCCAUCUCAUGCAGGCAAGUACAGCUGUUGGAGAGAAACGGUGACUGGAAAACGGCAUACAGUUUAUGCGGUGACUCUGUGCGUAUUUACAGUUACAGCAGUGGAGUUGACUGAUUCUCCUCAAAACUGCAACCUGUACUGUGAUGUGGAUGUCAAUGCAAUGGGAAAUCCAGUCACUGUGGUGGCAGAUAAGUGGAAUAUCUCAAUUACUGGGAUCAUGAAGAAGCCAAAGAGUUCUGUGAUCUGCAGGCUACACAGUAGAGGUGUAGAGACAGACAGAUUGCAUCUUGCUGAUGAAAGCACCACUCAAUCAGAUGCCACUGCAUUCAUUACUGCAGGCAGCAACACUUCACAAGCAGUUACAUUAAUCAUCACAUGCACUGCAGCUCCUCUCAUCAUUGUAGCUCUUGGCAUAAUUUUGUGUGUUUUGAGGCGGCAAGUGAAUACAGGCAGAAACUCUACCAGAGGUGGUCAAACCAUGACCAAGAGCUCAGGGGAUGAAGAUGAGACUCAGGUGGUUUAUUCUAUGCUGGAUGUUGGCAGACAUCAACAGCAGAAUGUCAUCACAUCUGAUAAUGAGUGUGUGUACAGCCAAAUUAAAGUGUAGGAAGAACAGUGGGUCAUCUUGCCUGAAGUGAACACAGUCAUGGAAUGCUGAAACAUGCAGACACUGCUGCUCUCACUGGGCAUAGGUGAUGAAAAUAGCAAACUGUGGUCUCCCUAAUGAAAGCACAUGAUUUUCAAGCUCAUGUGUGGCCUGUGAUCACACAAUGAAAAUAAUAUUGUUGAAUAAUUGAAAGUGAUAAAAACACACUGAUGAAAUUUAUUUUGUCCACUCAUAUUUAAACCAGUACAUUUUAUUUAAACAUUUAUAAAACAUCUUUCCUUAGCGUCAAAUUUGAGCAAAUAAGACAAAUGUGAUUAACCAUGAAAACACAAAUCAGUGUGAUUAAUCACAUUUAAUUAUUCUAACCGUUUGACAGUCCUACUUUUUUGGGAUCAUAUUUAAGAUCCAUUUAAGAGAUUCUGGGAGUAGUAACAUUCUGAUUAAUGCAUUUGAUUCAAUCAAUUUGAUUUAAACUUCAUCACUUUAUUAUUUCUUUUUGCUUAUAGUAAUAGUUUAAAAAUGGUUUCACUCAUGAAUUUCAGCUAGUGAACAUGCAUGCAUUUUUCUAGUAUCCAGCUUGUGUGAAGUCAAGGCCAGUUAUACGUCAGUGUCAUUGUUCUUCUGACACAGUCCUGUCACUGAGCACCUCACCUCACUCUUAGACUGUGCCAGUAUUACUCAUAUCAUAGCCUGCCCUGGCUUCAAACCUGCUACUUCUACUGUGACAAACCAUAAUAGCUGUAAUCAUGAUUUAUUUUUGCAAAAGCAAAGAAAAAAAAAAGCAUAACUUAAGUUGUAGAAUGUCUGCAGUGUGCAACGUACCCAUUUACGUGAAAUGUGAUGAGAAUGUAAAGUACUUAAUGGUUAGAAUAGAUACUGAAACUCCUAUCAAAUAAAAAAGUUUUUGUUCUGCCGCUAAACUGCUCAGAGACUCAAGUCUUAUGUACAGUAUCCAUCUAGAAAUCACUGUCUUUAGAGUAUCACUAAUUAAGCAGUCUUUCAUGGAAAGGAAACAUGCACUCAAUAAACGGCCAAACUAAACUAGUU